AUGUUUGACUUCAGUGCGCCAAGUGCUGAGGCUACAUCCGGGGACUCCAGAAGCUGUCGCCAUGUUGAACAGCCUCGUUUACAUGCCAGGUUUCAACUGGACUUCUGGAAACCACCUUCUCAUGUUAACCAAAGCGUGGACGUCCACGUACCUAGAGAAGACGUGCCUGCUGUUCUAGACCUUCUCCAGCGGCAUAGCAUUACUUACCACACAAUGAUAGGCGACGUCCGCCAGGAGGUAGAGAAACACAUGGAGGACAACCACAAGGCUAGGGCGAGAACUGCUGGAAGGCCGGCAAGGGUGAACGACUUCGACUUCAGCGUUUACCACGAGUGGAACGAGAUAGACGAUUUUAUAACGGACGUGCAGCAAACCUAUCCACAAAUCGCCACUCUGUCCAGCGAAGCGGCUACCUUUGAAGGACGAGCUAUAAAAACCCUAAAGCUCGGAAAGCCGUCCACUUCCGGUGAGACGAAGCCCGCGAUCUGGAUCGAUGCCGCCAUCCAUUGCCGGGAGUGGAUCUCAACAGCCACGGUUCUGUACGCCAUCGAUCAGUUCACCCGUCAGUACGGGACCGACCCGACCGUGACACGACUGCUGGACGAACUCGACUGGUACUUCACACCUGUCUUUAACGUCGACGGCUACAUCUACACCUGGGAGGCACCUGAGAACCGACUAUGGCGGAAGAAUCGGUCUACCCAGCCGGGUCCAUGUGUCGGAGUGGACUUGAAUAGAAACUGGGACGACCACUUUGCCGAAACGGGCGCCAGUCCAGACCCAUGCUCUAUAAUCUACCAUGGCAUGGCGCCGUUUUCGGAACCGGAAACACGAGGCAUUUCCGACUUUGUCCUGAACCAUCCCGAGAUCAAGGUGUACCUGGCCAUGCACUCCUACAGUCAGCUGUGGAUCAGUCCCUGGGGAUACGACUACGCGCGACCACCUCAAUACCACCUGCAGAACGCCAUGGCUUUGGCAGCCGAGAGUGCAAGCAGAGCCGUACAUGGAGUACAAUACAGGGUCGGACGUUCCAUCGAGAUUCUCUACGCCGUGUCGGGGGGUGCCCGGGACUGGGCCUAUGACAAGGCGGGGGUGAUCUACAGUUACACCGUGGAGCUGCGCGACACCGGGCGGUACGGCUUCCUCCUCCCGCCCGACCAGAUCAUACCCACGGCCGAGGAGACCUUCCCGGCUUACCUCACGGUGGGCCAAUGGAUCCUGGAUCAUCCAUACUGAGAUAUAACAUCUCGUACAGAAGACCAAUCAUCUUUCCUUAAAUCUCCUUAAGGCAUACAUAUAGAUGGUACUAGUAAUACGCAGUAUUCAU